AUGGCAACGGAAGAAAUAGACAUACAAGGACAAACGAAUAUCCCAGAAGAGGCUUCUCAACAAGAAGAAGCAUCUGAAGAAGAAGUUGUUGAAUUUGGACACAAAGCACAACCAAUUCGUAACAGUGACGAUCUAGUUGGCUUAUAUAUUGAAGUUGAUAAAGAAAAGUACAAAGUGACUGCUAAGUUGAGCGAAGCUGUGAGGAAGCUUGACGGAGACAUUCUGGUGAUGUUAUACACCUAUCGACGUGAAAAAGAUAAGAACUACAUCGAGUAUCAAAGAGUGACGGAAGAAAGUCAAGAAGUAACGUUUACGACAUUAGUCCCAAGGGGUAUCUAUGACAUCAGAGUGUGCAGAUGUGAGUUCAAGAAGUCGCCUGAAUUGACGGAGCCGAGUAUAUUCAAGUAUGAGUGUUUGUACUGCCAAAGUGGAUUUAUAGUCGGAAACCCCGUCAAAAUCACAACAAAAGUCGACGAUGAACACAGUCAAUUGUACGUCGAGUUGCCCUUUGCAGCGAAAGAAGGAGACUAUAUUGGGAUAUUCAAUGUGAAUACUAAUAGUAUGAGGUGUGGAAAUAUGGUUGGGAAAAAGCCAUAUGAUUUUGGAGAGGGAAGUAUCGGGAAAUACUUCACAUUCGACCCAAAAACAGUGGGCAAAGAUGAAAUGUAUGAAGUUCGGUUCUUCGAAAAAGACUCGUGCAUCAGAAAUAAGAUCGACCAUUCGUUCAUUCCAUACGCUAUAUCUCAACCUUUCUUUUUGCUCACUAAGACUUCCUCAGAGUGA